UCUUUACGCCCCCUCCUCCUCUGUUCUGCGCUCUCUCCACUCUCUUCCAACUCAACAAAACCAAAAUGAAAAUCCCAAACCCUGUCUUCUCCUCUUCGAUCGUCUUCUUAUUAAUCGCUCUCCGAGACUCGCCGUUUUCACUCGCCGAGCACAUACCUUCCGCUGCUUACGACGGCGUUUUGUUCGCCGACCGGAUAUGCUACAACCGGGAGAACAACGACGCUGUCUCUCCGUGCAAAAACAAGACGCAGCGAGGCGCACCGGCACCGGUGGACUGCGAGGUGUGGAGCGAGGCGUGUUCGGAGGCGGUGCUGAGCGUGGCGCGGUUCCCGGAGACGGUGGAGUGGUUGAAACGGAUUCGGAGAAAGAUCCACGAGAAUCCGGAACUGGCUUUUGAGGAAACCGAGACGAGCCGUUUGAUACGAGAGGAGUUGGAUCUGAUGGAAGUUAGUUAUCGGUAUCCACUCGCGAAGACCGGUAUUCGAGCCUGGAUCGGAACUGGAGCUCCUCCUUUUGUUGCGAUCAGAGCUGACAUGGAUGCACUUCCCAUCCAGGAAGCUGCGGAAUGUGAGUACAAGUCGAAAGUUCCCGGCAAAAUGCACGCUUGUGGGCACGACGCCCAUGUGGCUAUGCUUAUUGGCGCUGCCAAGAUCUUGAAAACUCGAGAGCAUUUAUUAAAGGGAACUGUAAUUCUGUUAUUCCAGCCAGCAGAGGAAGCUGGUAAUGGUGCAAAACGAAUGAUGCAAGAUGGUGCUUUGGAGGACGUGGAGGCUAUAUUUGCAGUUCAUGUAUCCCAUGAACAUCCAACUGGUAUAAUUGGGUCGAGGCCUGGACCCCUCCUUGCUGGCUGUGGAUUUUUCAGAGCUGUGAUUAGUGGCAAAAAAGCCCUUGCUGGCAAUCCUCACCAUUCUGUUGAUCCAGUUUUGGCCGCUUCAGCUGCAGUUAUCAGCUUACAGGGCAUUGUCUCGCGCGAAUCAAAUCCAUUGGAUUCACAGGUUGUCUCUGUAACUUCAUUUAAUGGAGGCAACAAUCUUGACAUGAUACCGGAUACAGUGGUUCUCGGUGGGACUUUCAGAGCGUUCUCUAAUACCAGUUUUUACCAAGUUCUUGAAAGAAUAGAGCAGGUGAUUGUGGAACAGGCCAGUGUCUACAGAUGUUCCGCAGAAGUUGACUUCUUUGAAAAGGAGUACACGAUUUAUCCUCCCACAGUUAAUGAUGAUAAAAUGUAUGAGCAUGUGAAGAAGGUGUCAAUUGAUUUGCUUGGUCAGAAGAAUUUCAGGGUAGUUCCACCUAUGAUGGGUGCUGAAGAUUUCUCUUUUUACUCCGAGGUGGUUCCCUCAGCUUUCUUCUAUAUAGGGAUAAGGAACGAAACACUGGGGUCUACUCACACGGGACACUCCCCGUAUUUCAUGAUUGAUGAAGACGUUCUACCAAUAGGUGCUGCUGCUCAUGCCACUAUUGCCGAGAGGUACCUCAUUGAACAUGGCUGAUGUUGGAAAAUAGAAAAAGCCCUGCACUUGUUGCCACUUCCUCUCAACUUUGUACAAAAUCGGUACACAAGUUUGUUUGUCCUUCUCAUGUUCCUUAUAUAAGUAA